ACAAACAGUGAUUCCAACUAACCAUGACACAAUCUGGGGAUUGUUAAUAAAUAGCAGGAGCAGAAAGGAAAUGCCCCAACCUGAGUUGCUUAAUUAACCUUCUGAGCAGAGACCAUCAGAAGCAAGCAAUUAAUGGCUCAAGUUUGUGUCCUUGAAGCUACUAAACAACUCAGAUCACCUCCUGAGAAGAUCUUUAACUUUCUCAAGUCUCAAAACCAGAAAAUACCAAACGCCACUGACAAGGUUCAUGAUGUUGAAGUCCUUAAUGGUGACUGGGUAACUCCAGGUUCUGUCAAGCUUUGGAAGUUUACCCUAGAGGGGAAAGAAGAAGUAUUUAAGGAAAGAGUUGAGGUGGAUGAAGAAAACAAGACUCUAACUUAUAUUGCAUUGGGAGGAAAUGUAAUGGAAUUGUACAAGAGCUAUCGCCUCAUCCUCAAAGUUGAGAUGAACGGAACUGUGAAGUUGCGAAUCGAAUACGAGAAGACCAAUGGGGAAGUCCCACCUCCUCAUAGAUACCUCCAGUUUUCCCUCAAUCUUCUCAAAGAGAUUGAACACAAAUUAGUUUGAGCGUUUUGGAUCGAUCUGCAAUGUAUCUUAAUUAUGUGAGCUCUCUGGUGUGAGUCUUGUGUAUUACACAGAGUUUGAGAAACGACUUGCAUAGUCCAUGACUCAUAAAUACUAUGACUUGUCAGGAUUUUUAUAAUUAUAUAAAAUGUAUGGGCGAUAUAUAUAUGGACGACUUUGGCUAGGGAGCUAGUGAUCUGAGAUUCAUGCAACUAUGAUAAUUUUCAAGUCUGUGUUUAGUUUCUUGUAAUCAUGUUAUAAGUGCAUAUGUAUGGGAAGUGUGCAAGAAUGAUUUAAGGGUGUAUGUUGCAAGACUUUAUGAUGUAUAUGCAAAUAAAAUCUUCAUAUGUGUUUAAUAUUA